AUUACUAUUACUAAUUAAAUUAAAUCCCUUUCAUCUCAAAAUCUGCGCUGCUGCUCCCAUGCCAGAGAAAAAUCUCAUCAAAAACUGCUCUUCAGAAAAGAAUGGUGAUUCCCUCGUACCAAAAAGGCUGGAGGGACAAGUCGCAAUCAUAACAGGUGGAGCCAGAGGAAUCGGAGAAGCGACGGUGAGACUCUUCGUCAAACACGGUGCUAGAGUGGUCAUCGCCGACGUCGAGGACGCACUCGGCACCGCACUCGCCUCCUCUUUAUCCCCUUCCGCCACCUACGUGCACUGCGAUGUCGGAAAAGAGGGAGACGUCAGAAGCCUCGUGGACACCACUGUCUCCACCUUCGGACGCCUCGACAUAAUAUUCAACAACGCCGGAAUUCUGGGAAGCCAGUCAAGAAACAGGAUGAGUAUCAUGGAAUUCAACCCAGAGGAAUUCGACCGCAUCAUGAGCGUCAACGUGAAAGGCACCGCACUGGGGAUGAAGCACGCGGCGAGAGUGAUGGUUCCGGCACGGCGCGGGUGCAUAAUUUCGACGUCGAGCACAGCCGGGUUCAUGGGUGGGAUGGGACCGUACGCUUACACUGCGUCGAAACAUGCCAUUGUUGGGCUGACCAAGAACGCGGCUUGUGAGCUGGGGACGUAUGGGAUAAGAGUGAACUGUAUAUCUCCUUUUGGGGUGGCGACCUCCAUGCUCCUUAAUGGAUGGAGAGGAGAGGAUGAUUCAGAGCCAAAGGGAGUGCCCAGUGAAGAAGAGGUUGAGAAAUUGGAGGAGAUAGUGAAGGCCAUGGCUAAUCUCAAGGGUCCUGCGCUUAAAGCUAUGGACAUUGCAGAGGCUGCUCUUUAUUUAGCAAGUGACGAGUCAAGAAAUGUUAGUGGUCAUAACCUUGUGGUGGACGGUGGCUUCACCGCUUCUAAGAACUGCGUGGGACUCUGAGUCUGGUCAUUGAUGGUUACGUCGAAAGUCAUCGACAGUUAUUGAUGAGUCGUUAACGAUAUUAUUAAUUUAUUAUAAUGUUUAAGAUAUUGCAUGCUUGGUAUCUCUUAUUUUUAAUUAGAA